AUGUCUUUGCGCGAGUUCAGCUCCUCGGGUGCGGACAGCAUUCGCGCGAAGGGGUUGAAAGUUGCUGCCAUGAGUUUGGCAGGACCAGUAGCAAUUUUCUUUCAACGAUGUCUGAACGAGAUGCACGUCCCCACGAUGUGGAAGCACGGAAUCAUCACGCCUAUCUACAAAAGUGGUAGCCGUGCUGAACCAGCAAAUUAUCGCCCGAUAACACUACUGCCUGUGAUCUCCAAGGUUAUGGAGUCCAUUGUAGCUGAGGCUUUGAUGGGAUACCUGGAGAACAACCAAAUUCUCGUUCCGGAACAGCAUGGAUUUCGCCAAAAUCACUCCUGUACAACUAAUCUCUUGAUUGCUCGUGCAAGCUGGACGGAAUCUGUGGACGCUGGUGCAGAAGUCGACGCGGCCUACUUGGAUUUCUCGAAGGCAUUCGACCACAUAGACCAUCGCAUUCUCCACCACAAACUCCAAAAAUAUGGAAUCGGUGAUCCUGUUCUUUACUGGAUAGGGGACUUUCUCCUGCAACGUCACCUGAAUAUGAGGGUUCGAAGCAACCUAUCAGAAUCCAUCGAAGUGCAAUGCGGCGUACCUCAGGGCUCGGUACUUGGACCCCGCCUGUUCCUGGUCUUCAUAAAUGAUCUCGCGAGUGUGCUAUCUUCUAACUGUUUGCUAUUUGCUGAUGACCUAAAGGUAUGGCGUACUAUAGCUGCAGUGGAUGAUCACACAUUCUUACAGGAGGACCUGGACGAAGCGUACACAUGGUCCAUCGAGAACAUGAUGCAUUUCAACGUCACCAAGUGCAAAGUUCUCAGUAUACGGCACAACAGUAUGCACAACUACCGCCUAGGACCACAAAUUCUACAGCGGGCUUCUCACGAGUGCGAACUCGGUGUGAUAGUUCAAGAUGACCUCGGUUGUUCACGGCAGACUGAAAAGGCAGCUAAGAAAGCGAACCGGUACCGGCCUUCUUCGUAG